AGCAGCUGGAAUUCUUCUGAUGCUGUGCUAAAAAUGAAUGGGAGUUGACUUUUUUUUUUUUCCCCCAAGAGUUUCUGGCUUCUCUGCAUUUUCAUUGUAAUGGGCUGCCAAUGGUGUCACCUUUCUUCUUGUGCUAAUGGGGGUCUGCAGAAGCCUGUAAAAGGUGGUGGUGCUCUUUGAUCCCUGAGUGAUGUCUGGAAAUGCUACAGGGGAAGUGAAAUAUUGGAGGUGUAUCUGUUAUGUCAGCAGGACUCAUGGGGAAGCUGUUUUUGUCUAGAUGGACUAGUCAUCUUGAGGCAUUAUGUGGGAACCAGCUCAACCAUUCCAGGCUUGUUCUGGAUUUUCAUUAGAAUGUGACCAGAUAUCUCUGGGUGCCUGGGUUGCUGUGUGUGAUCAGUGGCCGCAGGCCUUCCUCUAUGGGUGUUACAGAUCCCACUGCUCCAACAACAACUCAUCCCUGCAAGAUACCCUUGCUAGCAUGUAGGAUUGUCCCAACUGUGCAGCCAGAUGCGCUUUGUGUGCCCUGCCUUUGGCUUGGGAUUUCAUUUAUUGAUUUAUUUUCCUUGGUAGAUGGACUGUUUUUCUUCAGCAUCAGCAAAGAUAGCAAAGUUGUGUGAACUUUCUCUGGGAUAUUUUGAAACUCCCUGUAGUGGCAGUGCUAAGUCACAGCUUGAAGCAGUGAUUGAGCACCUGGUAGGAUGGCAGGGCCAACCGAGGGGAGCUCAGGUGCGUGCAAUGUACCUGAGUGACUGGAAGGGGGUGGAGACAUGAUUUACCCCUUCCCAGCCCUCAUGUAAGGGUUGGCAGUGGAGACAGGGGUAUCUCUUGUUGGAGAUCUUUGCUUAACUGAGGCCUUCUGAAGGUCUUUUGCCCUCACCAGCUGUCUGAUAGAUUAUCUUACCUAUUGCAGCAAAUGGCUGGGUGACUGCUGCAUUUCAAAAGCUGCCAUACAGGAUGCGAAUGUUAUUUUCCUCCCUGUGGCCAAAGCCCUUUAGAGCUUCCUGGCAGCAGUGGUUCCCACAGCCGGUGGGCAGCUCUGGGUGUUUGGUGGAGAGUUUGCAUCUCCCAGUGGGGAACAGUUUUACCAUUACAAGGAUCUCUGGGUCCUGCAUUUGGCCACCAAGACCUGGGAGCAGAUCAAAGCAUCAGGAGGUCCCUCAGGAAGAAGUGGGCAUCGAAUGGUUGCUUGCAAAAGACAACUGAUGGUCUUUGGAGGUUUCCAUGAGAGCACGAGAGAUUACAUCUAUUACAACGAUGUGUAUGCAUUCAAUUUGGACUCCUUCACGUGGAGCAAGCUGGCUCCAUCAGGAAUUGGGCCUGCUCCAAGGUCAGGAUGUCAAAUGGCUACCACACCUGAGGGCAGCAUAGUCAUCUAUGGAGGCUACUCGAAACAGAGAGUUAAGAAAGAUGUUGACAAAGGCACCCUGCAUACAGAUAUGUUCCUGCUGAAGACUGGAGGCUCAGGCAAAGAGGAAGAUAAGUGGGGAUGGACUCGACUCAACCCAUCUGGUGUGAAACCCACUCCCAGGUCUGGCUUCUCCGUGGCAAUUGGUCCCAAUAAUCGUUCCCUUCUGUUUGGAGGUGUGCACGAUGAAGAAGAGGAAGAGAGCAUUGAAGGGGACUUCUUCAAUGAUAUUUAUUUCUAUGAUAUUGGGAAAAACCGUUGGUUUCCUGGACAGCUAAAGGGAUCGAAGUCAGAGAAGAGGAAGCGAAGACGUGGCAGACGAGCUGAGACAGACGGUGGAGAUGAUGAGGUAGAGAAGCAAACCCUGCAAGGCCCGGUGGAAAUAGUUAAAGAGGUGGUGGCAGAAGAUGGAACUGUCAUGACGAUCAAGCAGGUGAUCUGUGGGCCUGCAGAUGAGAAGGAGAGGUCUGAAUCGGAGGAGGAGGAAGGCGCAGCCUUGGGCCCGCAAGUGGAACCGUGCCCACGUUCAAAUGCCAUGCUGGCAGUGAAGCAUGGGGUUCUGUAUGUGUAUGGAGGGAUGUUUGAGGUGGGCGAUCGCCAGUUCACCCUCAGUGACCUCUACAGCAUCGACCUGCACAAGAUGGAAGAGUGGAAAGUGCUGGUGGAGAUGGACCCGAAAACACAAGAAUGGCUGGAGGAGUCAGAGUCAGAUGAAGAGGAGGAGGAUAUGGAAGGUGCAGAAGGAGGAGAAGAAGAAGAAGAGAGCUCUGAAGAGGAUAGUGAGGAUGAAGAAGGAGAGGAGCAACACCCAUCUGUUCAGCCUGAUGAGAAGCAUGCAGACUAUCUGUCCAGGACGGAGCAGUACUGGAUCAAAGUAGCCCGCAGCAACAUGGGCCCGGAUGCCAAGGAGAAGAAGGUGGUGAAAGUGGCUCACGCCAUGGCAAAGACAUUCUAUGAAGAUUCAACCUAGGGCUGUUCUGCGAGUGCAGAAACGUGCUGGGAGCAGUGGUUAGCCCUGCUGAAAUCAGCCUAAUGUGCCAGGCGGUCAGUGUGUGCCCAGAAGGCUUCCUGGCACUCCAACCCUUGCAUACUCCAUAUGAGUGCCUCUGGACUGACUAAUCUCAAUAUGCCUGCUGGAUUAAUGCUCGGAAUAUACUGUUAUUCCCCUGGCUGGUUGUGGGAGGGACUUGGAGAACAGGAUUACUGCCCAAGCUCUGGUUCUUCUGAGAAUGGAGCAUACAAGACCAUCAUCAUUUUGUUCAGAAGUUAUUUUGAGUUUGUGAAGGCAAACUGCAUAUCUCACAAUGGUUCUCUAGUCCCAAAUUCCUUAUCCUAACUGGGGCCAGAACUUGUCUCCAAGGGUUUCUACAAUAAACUUACUUGGUUACAUGA